GCAUGCGCCCGCCCAGUGCCCGCCCCUCGACGUGCAGUUCUCGUCACGUCCGGUGGCGGCGGCGGCAGCUGUGCUGUAUUUUGCCUCUCUGGCCGGCGUGGCGCGCGCAGGUGUCUCUGGUGUCCCGCCGCCUCCUUCCUUCCCGCAGGACCCACCCCUCCUGGCCCUGGGUCCCAACGGUGCUCGCCUGCCCGCCGGUCGGUCGGCGCCCGGGGCACGGCGUCCUCUCUUCUCCCGGACUACUUAGCCUCAACCCGGAAUGAAAUAUGACUGAGGACUCGCAGAGAAACUUUCGUUCGGUAUAUUAUGAGAAAGUGGGGUUUCGUGGAGUUGAAGAAAAGAAAUCAUUAGAAAUUCUCCUGAAAGAUGACCGCCUGGAUAUUGAAAAACUUUGUACUUUUAGUCAGAGGUUCCCUCUCCCGUCCAUGUACCGUGCAUUGGUAUGGAAGGUGCUUCUAGGAAUCCUGCCUCCACACCAUGAGUCCCAUGCCAAGGUGAUGAUGUAUCGUAAGGAGCAGUACUCGGAUGUCCUUCAUGCCCUGAAAGUCAUUCGCUUUGUCAGUGAUGCCACACCUCAGGUUGAAGUCUAUCUCCGCAUGUAUCAGCUGGAAUCUGGGAAAUUACCUCGAAAUUCCUCUUUUCCACUGGAGCCAGAAGAUGAAGCAUUUCUUGCCAUAGCUAAAGCCAUGGAGGAAAUGGUGGAAGAUAGUGUCGACUGUUACUGGAUCAUCCGAUGCUUUGUGAACCAAUUAAAUACCAAGUACCGGGAUUCUUUACCCCAGCUGCCAAAAGCUUUUGAACAAUACUUGAAUCUGGAAGAUAGCAGACUGCUGACUCAUCUGAAGAUGUGUUCUGCGGUGUCCAAACUUCCUUAUGAUCUCUGGUUCAAGAGGUGCUUUGCCGGAUGUUUGCCGGAAUCCAGUUUACAGAGGGUUUGGGAUAAAGUUGUGAGUGGAUCCUGUAAGAUCCUAGUUUUUGUAGCUGUUGAAAUUUUAUUAACCUUUAAAAUAAAAGUUAUGGCACUGAACAAUACAGAGAAGAUAACAAAGUUUCUGGAAAAUGUCGUUAAAGGUGGGAUGUUAGGGAGCAUUGUGCCACACACUAAAGAAGUGAGAGAAAUGGCUGGUGAAGGUGAACUGCUUAUGACCCCUGGGCAACCUCAUGCCACGUCAUGGCCACUCUUCACUGGAUAGUUCUCGGCCUUGGGAGUGGUGAGUGAAAGCGGACCCAUUGUUUCACACUGGUUCUGCCUUCAGACCUGCAAGAGCUUGAGUGGUGAGUGGGAUUCUCCACCCACCCCUUAAAGGAGGAGGGCAGUUAUGAACUUACAGAGGUACAAUUCUGAGAAUUCAGGCCCUCCCUAAUGUGUGAAAUAUCUGUUGAAAAAAAGUUCAGAGGAAGUGUGAGUUGUUGAAAUCUGCUUCUGAAUACUAACACAUCCAAUAGUAUUUAAUUUUU